CCGAUUAUGACAAUGAUUAAAGCUUAAGCUUCUGCUCCCUUCUCGUUCUCAUCAAUUAGAAAGCGGUAUUCGAACUUAUACUAGAAUCGAAUCAAUGUACAGAGCCCAGAUAUUAGUACUGACUCGCAACGAAGAUAUCGUAGUUGCUCCCACCUCCACACGACCCCCUGCGUGUUGUUCGGCGUUGCAGCCAAUCGCGUCCUCUUAUCCCAUCGCUUUGCAUACUAGAGUAUGCGGCUCAUGCAUUCUAUCAUCGUGACAUGUCGCAGAUCUGAUCUCGGUGCCCACUUCAAAUUCGAGAUGAUGAAUGAGUUGUAGACGCAUAUUUUUAGUCAACACUUCUAAGCAUCUUAGUACCACCAUGGCAAAAACCGCAUCGGCGCAGCACCACUCUCCCGCCGCCGUGAAGUUAAAACAGGUGGCGCUCGGAGCAGGCGACAAAAGCGCAGCUGCUGCUGGGUUUGAUGGCCCGGGUGCAGCACUGGACACAACACUUAUGCCGUGUGCCACCACCGUAAAGACGACAGAUGAGUCAGUCCCAGGGCCACUAGUUAUGUAGGUCAGUUUACCACAACCGCUCGGCGCUUUAAAUGCGUUCACAAAAUGAAAACUUACAUUUGGUUUUGCAUGGCUAACCACAUUCCAGUGACGCAAGAUUAUUCUAGUCUGGCUCACAUGGGGGACAAAGAUGGUGGGGCGCGCGCGCUCGUCGGUUCGUUUUUUCGGAUUCGCAAAAUGGCAGGAGAGCGAGAUCGAAGAAAAUCGCGCUCGUUUUUUCAAAUUAAUGUGUAGCAGCAAAAAAAAAAAAACUGUCGCGCGCGCGAAGCCGUCGCGCAGCCGUCCGGGCCGCUCGGCCGCCCCCGCGCCGGGGCGCAGGGCGGUGCCGCCCGUGCCCCUGGAAGCCUUCCGCUCCACCGAGCGCACCGGGGCGCCGCGAACGCAGCGAAGAGGCGCGAGCGGCCCGGGCGGUCCGAGCGGCGCAGCCGCCCGGGCCGCUCGCUGCGCCGCUCGAGCCCGUCCCGCUCCCGGCAGCGGCCCGGAGCGCCGGCAAGGGCCCGAGCGGCCGGAAGCGCCCCGAGCGGCGCGGGCGGCGCCAGGCCGGAAUUCCGAGCGGCGCGAGCGGUCGUGGGCGCGCGGCCGCCGCUCCCGCGGCGGCCGGAAGUCUCGGGGCCUGGCCGCUGGUGGUCCAGGUGUUCGAGCCACAAGGUAGGGGCCCCAGGCUAAGAGUGCAGUCGCAUUUUCGAAAAAAAUGCGGCGUUCUCGGUGUUCAAUUUGAAAAGCGGCAAGACCCUGGCUCAGAUCAUGGCGGCGGGCUGUGCGGCCAACGUGGCGACCCCGGUCGGAGGCGCGGCGCUUUGGGCGGAUCCCAUGUAUGAAAAAAAAUAUUUAAAAUCCUGAACGCAUUUAAAGACCCUAGCGGUUGUGGUAGAACUGACCUACUUGACACUAGCGAGAACGACUUCGACCGAGACGACAGUGAAAGACAAGAACAGGCGCAUUCUUUACACGGACGUGUGCAUCGCGGGCGGGGGCAUCGGCGGUUGCGGCCUCGCUAGGUACCUCAAGCUGCUGAACGAACACGAAAGGGAUCUUCAGGAUGCUGAUGCUAUCGCCCGCGAGGAAACAACUAACGGAAGUGCAAGUUCUUCAGGGAAACAACUACAAGCGGGGCCGCACAAAAAUAAAGUCUCCGUCUUGCUUUUCGAAAAAGACCCUUCUUUCCACCACCGGAAGCAGGGCUAUGGACUCACCAUGCAACAGGGCUCCAAGGCGUUGCAGAAGCUACACUUGGCGGAGAAAGUAUACGAAGAGGACACUCCGAAUGAAGUGCACUACGUCUUCGAACCUAGUGGCGCGCUGCGAUCGGCGUUUGGCUUCGGGGUGAACCACGGGGCCGGGGAUGUCGGGAUGCCGUCAAAAACAGCGGAAGUAGUUCUGGCAGGGAGGACGGCCGCGACGGCGGCCGGAGCACAGGAAGGAGGCAGCGCUACCAGUAGUUCCAGCUCGAUGUCCUCCGAAAAGACUGCUGAUGCGGUAGCUUCAGGAGUUGCAGUUUCAACAGCAGUGCCGCAACCAAAACGACACAACCUGCAUCUGCCGCGACAACGGCUUCGGGAACUGCUUUGUGGUGGCUUGGGCGAGGACGUUUUUCAGUGGGGGUGGAGUUUUCAGAAGUUUGAGCAUCGAUAUCCCGCGAAAAAAGUGUUACAGUUGCACACUUGUAGUGAAUUCACCAACACAAAUUUCUCUGCAUGAGGGAGAAAACUUGUAAUGCAGAAAUCCUACGGGAAAACACCUAUGAAACGAGGCUCCUGUAUGCAUAUCCGGCAUGACAGAGCUUGUCUGUCUUGCUUGGCCUGCAACACAAUGUGUAACUGUAGCACUUUUUUCGUGCGAUAAUCGAGUAGAGAUUUUUAGUGCAGACAGAACCGCCGCCACCGCGGUGGUCGCAGAUGCUGGUCGUACUAUGCGGGUUGCUACUUCGGAGCUGCAGGAGGAGAGCAGCCAUGUACAACAUGAAGAUUAUCCCGUGACAGCCUUCUUUUCUCGCCCGGCCGCGACAGGGAGGCAGCACUCCCAGCGGGAUGUUGCCAGCUUGAAUCAGUCUGCGGGAGGAAGAAAUGCAGGAAUUGAGGAUUAUGCCGAGGAAGAAGUGGAAGUUCGUUGCCGCGUCCUUGUCGGUGCCGACGGGAUCUAUUCCAGAGUGAGGAAGCAACUCUUGACGGACAGAACUUCGCCGUCUUGUCGAGUGUUAAGUAGACCUCCAACUACUCCUGAUGAAAGAGCUACUGCACCCGUGAGGACCGCGAGUAAAGAAGAUCUCACAACAAGAACAUCACCAAGCAGGAGCACCCCUUUGGCUUUGUCCGGAAACAUGAAAAAUCUCAAUGAACAACAAGAACUCAAGAAUCCCGAUCCUCUCCAGUACCUGGGCGUCCUGGUCGUUCUCGGCAUGGCCCCGAACAAAGACCAUUUUCUGUACCGAAAAACGACGUUUCAGACCUCGGACCAGUUUGGUACGCGGGUGUUUCUCAUGCCGUUCACGGAGUCGGAGAUUUUCUGGCAGUUGUCCAUCAAGAUGCCCGAGGCAGUCAUUCACGACUUGUUCUUAGCGGUGUCGGUUACAAAUCCGGACCAAAAGAAAUACGAUAAACACACCCGGGAACAAAAAAUCCGCGAGAUUAUCACGGAAAAAUGCGGAAACUGGCACGCACCCAUCCCGGAGAUUUUGCGGAAUACGGAAAGCGCUCGGAUCUCUUACACUCCAGUGUACGACAAGGGCGAAAGUUACCCGUUUUUCGAGUCGAAACCGUGGUUUUUCAAGAACUACUUCGCACAGAACGACGGGCAGGAGGAAAAUCAAAAUUGUGACGCUCCUGUCACUGGUAGAGCAGGUGGUAGUAGUGAUGGCGAUGUGGUAGAAGUAGAACGACUACAACAAGUUCCCUCCACCCUUCCCGUCACCCUGAUCGGCGACGCCGCGCACCCGAUGUCGCCCUUUAAGGGCCAAGGCGCCAACCAAGCUCUGCUGGACGCCGUGGAGCUGGGCGACGCGAUUUGGGCCAGCUUGGUUACCCCGAAGGUCUUCAAAAACCAAAUUUCGAGCAAGGGCAUGAAAAACGUACAGCCUGGCGUCUAUCUGGGGAAACGAGGCCGGGAAAGAAGGCUGCGGAAGGGACUGUUGAAAGAGGUAGACCCACAGGGGGACGUGACUGGUGGCGUAACAACUAGAACUUCUAGUGCUGCUGGUGAUGCUGGUCGUUCUUCGGUAAAAAACGGAAUCAACAUCAUUAUAAACAGCGGCAAUGCUGAUUCUGGCACUACACGACCAGAAACAGAAAACUCCACUAGCCUCAGUAACGCAGGAGUAGACAACCUGUUGUCUUCAGACAGGAAUGCACCGCGACCCCCGACCCUUUCCGGUCAACAAAUUACAGCAGAACUACGUGAAACUCCGUGUGUAGUUGGACCUCCGUUCCCGCCUCUAAAUUUUCAUGCUGCGACGUUCGACAACUCUGCCUCAUUGCAAGCGUCUUCGAGCAUAGCAUACACUACGUCUCCAACCCCUGAUAGUGAUAGUACAUUAAAACCCGAACAAGCCGCGACCGGAGCGCUGAAGCUGAACGAUGACGCAGUGACGAUUUCUCGCAGCACGAGUACCCUAACAGCACGGACCGAGUCUUGGAAAGGACAGCAGCAGGUCCGCAACCCCACCCCCCUAAGUCGCGCCCCGACGACCAACGGGAGGACAACUCCGAAGAGCGAAUUAGAGCGAGAAAUCCAACUGCUGUCCAGGACAAACUCCUACAAAAAUAAUUCAUCUCACACAAGAACAUCUUCGAGUAGUAGUGCGAGUGCGCAACAGAAACUUCAGCCUGCUCCUCUUCUUGUUCACACGGAAGAUGAUAAAGUCGUGCCAGAUGAGCAUUCUGGGCACGACCUCCUCCAGCAGAACAGCACGGUCCAUUUUCCGCCACGCGGCGGCCUUCCUGCGAAGAUGAAUGGGAGCCACGCAGUUCUUUUAGAUGAGACUGAUAGAAGAACUUUCGUUCCCCCAUCCCCGCCUCCGAAGAAGCACCACCUUUUGCCCAAGCUGCUGCGAAAGUUCGAGAAAGACAUGUACCACCGGGCCGACGCCAAGCGGAAGGCCUCCGCCGAGACCGCCCGGAAGCUGCAUUUUGAAGUGACCGACCAAGACGACCGGAUGCGGUGGAGGAACAUCGACUGGGAAACGUUCCGCGCGCAAAACCUGGGAACCUGGGACGGACCCGAGAUGCGCGAGAAAUUGGUGGCGUUCUUGCGAGCGCAUACGACGACGACGACUAUCACAGGAAGCGCGGCCGGUGAGGGUAGUUUGGCAGCGACGGAUGGUUGAUACAGUACUUAAAUUUCAGGGCACGACAUGAAGAUGUUCUUAUGAGAUGCAGGCAGCGGAGAAUUAUGAAUGUAAAUUCUUCUCUCUAGGAGCACUGGCCAGUAUUAGCCACUUGGGUUGAUCAUUCCUCGCGUGGAAAAGUGUAUUGCUAUCGCUGGAGCAGGAGCACAAGACUUCCACUAAAGCACAAGCAGUUUUAGUACAUGAAGAUGAUGGUCCUUUAUCAGCACCGACGUCAGCGUCAACAGCGACGACAGCGACUUUCAUUUUUCUGAUGAUGCUCAACAACAACAUCAUCUCCUCAUCUUCACCGGAUGGAUGAUAUCUGGAAUCGCUUGUUCCAGCAGCAUAAUUUCUUUAAGC